AUGCCAGGAACACGGGGCCCUGUGCCCGUACCGCUCGAGACAAAGGGCCAGAACCUUACACAAGAUAUUCUCGACCUUCUAGACACCAAAGAGCCCCUCCAAAGCGAUGAAGACUUCCCCGCAGUAUCGCAGGCCGAAAUCAAGGCUGCGCUGGACAGGCUAGCCAGUCGGUCCAUGGUCACAUACAAGUCGCUAGACUCAGAGAAGGUCAUUCUCACACCAGAGUCUGAGGGCAUUGUUGCCGAGGGCAGUCACGAAUACAAGGUCUGGAAACUGGUCAAGGAGAAGGAGCGAGUACCGAUCGCGGAACUACCUAAAAUCUUAGGAAAGGAAGCUGCGAGUGUAGGACAAGGCAAUGGUUUCAAGAACAAGUGGAUAAAGAAGGAUGGCAGUGACAUAAUUUUGCUCCAGACUGAAGAGCCCAAAGACGAGAACCGUGAACUGUUACAAAAGAUCAAAGACACCGAGUCCGUCGACGACGUCAAACUCCUCGCCCAGCUCAAGAAGAAGAAGCUCGUCACCGUCACAAAAGUCAUUACAUACACCAUCACAAAGGGCCCAAAGUACGCAAAGGAGAUACCCGUAGAGCACACCGACCUGACAGUCGAGCUUCUCACUGGUGAUGCAUGGAAGACUGCAAACUUCAAGCCGUACAACUUUGCGGCCCUAGGCGCGAACCAAGAUGCUGGCGCAUUACAUCCUCUGAACAAGGUCCGCCAGGAGUUCAGGAAUAUCUUCUUCUCACAAGGUUUCGUCGAGAUGCCAACAGGACACUAUGUAGACACUGGCUUCUGGAACUUCGACGCUCUCUUCGUACCACAGCAACAUCCCGCCCGUGACAUGCAAGAUACCUUCUUCGUCUCAUACCCACCCAAAGCAGAUAAGCCACGGCUAGACCCUGCGAGCGAAGCCACAAUGGACCGCAUGGAGGCCGGUUCAAAACGUCUCUUUUCCACACCCGAGACUGAGGCGAGGGAAAAGAAGCCACGCGACUUUGAAAAGUACUGGGCAGACGUCAAGAAGGUACACCAAGACGGUGCUUUUGGUUCAAUAGGAUACCGUUACCCAUGGGAAGAAGAUGAGUCACUCCGCCUCGUCCUCCGCACGCACACCACCGCCGUAUCAACCUGGGCGCUCCACCGCCUCGCCGAAGACCCCCGUCCCGCCCGCUACUUCUCCAUCGACCGCGUCUUCCGCAACGAAACAGUCGACGCCACCCACCUGGCGGAAUUCCACCAAAUCGAAGGCGUCAUCGCAGACUUCGGUCUCACCCUCGGCGGCCUCCAACGCUUCCUAGAAGACUUCUUCGCAAACAUGGGCAUCUCGAACCUCCGCUUCAAACCCGCUUACAACCCGUACACCGAGCCCAGCAUGGAAAUCUUCGGCUACCAUGCCGGUCUCAAGAAGUGGCUUGAGAUUGGUAAUAGUGGCAUGUUUAGGCCUGAGAUGUUGGAACCUAUGGGUCUGCCAAAGGAUAUGCGGGUUUAUGGGUUUGGACUCUCGCUGGAACGCCCGACUAUGAUGAAGUAUGGGGUUUCGAAUAUUAGGGAGUUGUUGGGUCAUAAGGUCGAUUUGAGCUGGAUUCGUGAACAGCCUGCUGUUAGGUUUGAUAAGGAGUAGAUAGGAGGAGAGAGUGUGGAAGGAAUGAUGUUAUGAUAGGAUGAAGUUUCGUGAGAAUGAUAUACCCAGAUGGGCUAAAAGCUUCUUUGAUGAGGCCUG